CAUUUGCACACCAAGCAGUUUGGAAAUUCCUCUUAGCAGUUCACUGCUAGCAGAUAGGAAGAAGAAAGGAGGUGGAUUAGGAACUGUCUCCUAGAAAAAGCAGCAUUUUAGCCAAAUACUUUUUUUGUGUUUGUGUUUGGUGAAGCCCUCAAAACCUGCAAGAGAGAAGAAUGCUGGCAGACUUGAAGUACAUUUCAGGAUUUGGAAAUGAGUUUGCCUCAGAGGAUCCACGCUGCCCAGGAGCCCUGCCAGAGGGACAGAAUAACCCUCAGAUCUGCCCAUAUAACCUGUAUGCUGAGCAGCUCUCAGGAUCAUCAUUCACUUGCCCCCGAAGCACCAAUAAAAGAAGCUGGCUGUACAGAAUUCUACCUUCCGUCAUUCACAAGCCUUUUGAAUCCAUUGAGCAAGGCCAUCUGACUCACAACUGGGAUGAAGUAGAGCCAGACCCUAACCAGCUUAGGUGGAAGCCAUUUGAGGUCCCAAAAGCAUCCCAGAAAAAAAUGGACUUUGUGAGCGGACUUCAUACCUUGUGUGGAGCUGGAGACAUCCGGUCCAACAACGGGAUUGCCAUCCACAUUUUCAUCUGUAACACCUCUAUGGUUAACAAAUGUUUUUACAAUUCAGAUGGUGAUUUCUUGAUUGUUCCACAGCUCGGGAAGCUUCUCAUUUACACUGAGUUUGGCAAGAUGUUGGUGGAACCCAAUGAGAUCUGUGUCAUUCAGAGAGGAAUGAGAUUCAGUGUGGAUGUAUUUGAGGAGACCAGGGGCUACAUCCUAGAGGUCUAUGGAGUCCACUUUGAGUUGCCUGACCUGGGACCUAUUGGUGCCAACGGGCUGGCUAACCCUAGAGAUUUCUUAGUACCUGUUGCCUGGUAUGAAGAUCGUCAGGUUCCAGGUGGUUACACUGUGAUCAAUAAGUACCAGGGCAAGCUUUUUGCUGCCAAACAGGAUGUUUCUCCAUUCAAUGUCGUUGCAUGGCAUGGAAACUACACUCCCUACAAAUACAAUCUGGAGAACUUUAUGGUCAUCAACAGUGUUGCCUUUGACCACGCGGAUCCAUCCAUUUUCACUGUGCUGACAGCUAAGUCGGUUCGUCCUGGAGUGGCUAUUGCUGAUUUUGUCAUCUUCCCACCUCGCUGGGGAGUUGCUGAUCACACCUUCCGACCUCCUUAUUAUCACAGGAACUGCAUGAGUGAAUUCAUGGGGUUAAUCAAAGGUCACUAUGAAGCAAAGCCAGAAGGAUUCCAGCCUGGAGGAGGCAGCCUACACAGUGCCAUGACACCUCACGGCCCAGAUGGGGAUUGUUUUGGGAAGGCAAGCAAAGCCAAGCUGAAGCCAGAGAGAACUGCAGAGGGAACCAUGACAUUUAUGUUUGAGACUUCGCUCAGUUUGGCUGUCACCAAGUGGGGUCUCAAGACUUGCAACUGUUUGGAUGGGAACUACUACAAGUGUUGGGAAACCCUGAGAAGCCACUUCACACCCAAGUUCAGAAACCCCACUGGACAUAAAUAAGCC